CCGCGCCAACGCUCGCCUGAGCUGCAGUUCAGGCUGCAGAGAAAGUCUCCUGUUAGCUGGUUUCUGCGCAGAUUUUGAGUAAAUGAGCGGCUCACAGAAACAUUUAAACACCUCCUGACUGAACCAAAGGAGUCAAAGAGGAGACGACUGACUGACGGAUAUGGGGGGUCUGUUGUCCAGAUGGAAGGCGAAGCCGACCACAGUCGAGCAGCUGGAGAGCCUCGACAAGGAGAUUAAAGAGCUGGAGGAGUUCAGAGCCAAAAACCAACGUCUGCAAAAGCUGUGGGUCGGCCGCCUGCUUCUCUACUCGUCGGUUCUGUACCUGCUGACCUCGCUGGUUGUUUACUGUCUCUACCUGCCUGAACAAUGGCUGGACAGACUCUCCAUGGCUCUGCCUUUCUUCAUCUACCCGCUGCUGGUUUGGUUCAUCCGGAAGCUGUUGAUCUUCCUCUUUUCCAAACGCACCGAGAGAAACAGUGUCCCCCCGGGUCCCACUGGGGGCCGGGCCCCGGGCGGGGGAGUCAUGGUCAUUGCGGCCGGGGUGCCCAUCGGCAUCGGCCUCAUCGCCACUCCUCUCUCGUUUCGUUGUGCAUAUUGCUACUUCCUGAAUCCGGCCAGGAAGACGCGCCCUCAGGCUCCCAGGCUUCCAGAGUUCAGCUACGAGAGGAGGCUGCGAGCAGAGUCACGCUCCCCUGGACCGAGACCGCGAUCUGGGACCGACACAGAAGAGAGUGCACCCCCCUCUGGAGCCAAGGCUCCGGCUCCGUGGAAUUUGGUCCACAGUUUCCAGAUCCAGCAGAGUCCAAAGAGCCCCCAGAGCCGACCUCUGCAGAGUCCAGAUGAGAGAGAGUUGGAGGACGAAGGAGCCACCAAAGAAGCAGCGAGCGAAAGCCAAUCAGAGGAGCCGCAGCAGGAAGUAGAAGAAGAAGAAAAGGUGGUUCAGGAGGAGGAGGAGGCGGAGUCCGGGCAGAGUCAAAGCGCUCCACCUGAGUCAGAGUCUCGACCGUCGUAGUCGCAGUGAGUCCGAGCGGGGACGCGGGAUGAUUCGGUCCAAACAAAAGGUGUUGAUAACAGCCAUGAUACACAGGCGGCAUUUUAAAGCAAUAUAGAUGGACUUAAACCACAAACCUCAUAAACUGCAGUUGUGUUUGAGUUGUUUUGAAUCUAAAUCCGACUGUGCAUUUGUCAUUUUCCAGAGGAGAUUUUGUAGGUGAUGUGAAAAACAGGAUCAUACGAUGUUAUUUUCAUCGUAUUUAGCAGUAAAAUUGUCCAGCGAUAUUGCCUAAAAUGAUGCCAACAUAUCAUGGCCCUCACACUUUGAUGGGCUCACUGAGAAGCUGUCAGAUCGAUGAUUGUAGUUUUUACUCGUUCUGGACGGAGCGGUCGGCUGCUGAUGAUGCUCUGUAUGUGGUGAUCGGCAUAGUUACUUUCUCAGUAUUCUAUAAUUUACACUAUAAGGGUUUUUUUAGGUUUGAAGUAGCUGGCUGCUGUCUGAUUUUGGAAAGUUUUCUUUUAGAUGCAACAGCUGGUUCACUAAUGGUUUGUCCUCAGAUGAAACUAAAACUUAAAUUGCAACUCAUUGAAUGACUGACUCCACUGAAUGUCUGUAUAUUUGGCAAAUCGCUGUUUAUUAUGAUGUAAAUUUUAGUUCGGAACAUUUCUGUUAUUCAUAGUUUUGUUGGGUUGAGAGAGAAAGUGCAUCUGAAGACAAACUUGUUGUGGAUCAGGACAUCAGUUAACUUUAUGCCAUUAAGUUAAGUAAGCUGCACUGCUGUAGCUUUAUUCAGCUCCUGUUUUAAUCUGCCGUACGCUCUUAGCCUAUUAAAGGAAUCAUUCACAUACAAAAUGAUUAUUUGUCGAUCAAAAACCAAUCCUGUCUUAUCCUGAAUUCACGAAGAAAAAUUAAUUUUUCCCGCAUGCCUCCGAAGUAAACGAAGAAUCCAAAUCUCUUUUGUGCCACAUUCAGACGCCUUUCAAAAUUAUUUUCCUUUUUUGUAAAUUAGAUAUUCACAAAAAAUUGGCAAAAAUGUCCAUCAAAGAAUAAUUCCUAUAAUUACACAAAUUAAAUGUUUAAAAUUAUGUAAAUAGAAUCAACAUUUUUUAUAUUUAUGUACCUCUUUCUUCUCAAUGGGUUAAACAACAGCAUAACUAUUAGAAAAAUCAUUGUGUUUUUAAAACUCACUCGAAACUUUUGCAGAAUAAAAUUUUAUUAGACUUUGUCAGCAGAUGUUUGAUGUUGUUUACUGCAGUUCAUAAAAAGGGUUUGCCUUAUUUGGAUUCUCCGUUCACUGUGGAUGCAUGUGAGAAAAAAAGUUUCCUCACAAAUUCUUAUCGAAGUAUUCCUUUAAUAUUAAAUCUUGGACGGAUUUGUUACACUCACAUUUUACCAAAAACUGACGCAUGUACACAUGAUAUCCUGCUGGAUUUUUGUAGUUUUUUUAAAUGCAGUUUUGGCAGCUUGUCAUGGACAAGCAGUAAAGUUCGUUUGUGCAUUUCAAUACAGCUGAAAAAAAAACAAACAAAAAAACCCCAAUUGAGACCAUGUUUCACAUUAUACAUGCACCAAAUAAUGCUCCUAAAUCCCUAAUAAUACUGGCAUAUCCCACCUCUUAGUGGGAAAAUGUCAAAUUCUGGAAGUCGCCUAAUUUGGAAAAUUUAAACAAAUAUGCUGUUUUCAUAUCAAAUUAUAUUGUUAUAUUGUCAUAUUCAGAAUAACAGGAAUACUAGUGUGCAUGUAACCGUAGCUGCUGAUGCAGCAGAAAAUGUGUUUAUCUUUCAGUACAAUCCUACUCAUCAGGUCUUAACUGACUCCUAAUUUUUCCAUGAUUUUUUGUGGUACGGGAAAAAUGGACCUCGAUAUCUCACCUGAGUUGGUUUUUUUAGAACCAUCUGUCUUUGAAUUGGUGCCUAACUUAUUAGCUGGAGGAUAGCAUCAGUGUUGAAAAGUCAACAAUGACCCAGUUUCCAAAUGAACUGAACGUUUGACUGUUUGGUGGGUGAAACAAAUUAACAGACGAGCUAAAACUGCCAAUUCACGUCUGUCUGGUUGUUGCCAACAGUAGUUCUUUGCUGGAUUAUCAUUUGCCAAAUGCACUGCUUUUUUAUCUGUAUUACCUGACGUCAUUUGCACUGAGUUUGUAUUUAUUUCGGCCAAAUUGUGUUUUAAUCUGUUGUUUAGGUCCUGCUGCUCUGUUUGAUCUUAAAUGUUUAAUGCGGUCACAGCUGUUUAAAAGUAAAGGCCGGGUUUGGGUUCUCGAGCCAAUAGGUUGUAAUUUAGCGUUGGUUUGAUUUUUUUCAUUGUUCUUUUCUUUUCAUUUCAUUCAUUCAAAGUAGGGCUGAGCGAUAUGGCCUAAACAUAAUAAUUUAUUGCAUCAAACUAGAAUGUAUUACAUCAAACUACAACACCCCCUCCUAAGAAAAACUACUAACAGGCUUUUCCACUGUAUAUAUGAGGAUAAACCCAGGCUUCUCCAUUGUUUAUAUGGGAACCGUAUCUUCAGCAAAAUGCAGCACAACUGCAUCCAUAACAGCUUCGCAGCGUGUGGCUUUCCUGCCAUACGGGACACAACGGCAAAACGAUUCCACGAAUGUCAGAUAAUUUUCCUGUGCGCUGUCGUGGUCUCCUGUAUGUCGGAGUGAGACACAUUUUUCCCACUCAGCUGCAGUUUGUGCUGCAGCCUGUAUUUAAAACAGCCUGUAACACUUUAAAAUUCCUUUUAAAUAAUGUGGAAAAAAAUCAUGGGAACGACUUUAAUUUUAUGAGUCAAUAACUUAAAAAGAGUGAUUAUAAAUAUGGUAAUUAAGUACAUAACAUUUCAGAAAAACUUGAGUUGUAACAAAUGAACUUGUAUGGGUUAUCAUCUUAAAAACUUAAAAACUAAGCAUUUAAUUGCCAUAUUUAUGAACACACAUUUUUAAGUUGAAUUAACUUUUUUUUUAACAUCAUUUAAAAGGAAUUUUAAAGUUUUAUGCACUGUUAACAUAAUUACAAACACAUGCUUUUAAUUUGAUUACUAGAAAAAAUUAUUAGUCCAGAUUUUUUCCACAUUAUUUGAAAGGAAAUUUUAAUAGGUUAUAUAACUACCAUAAUUAAGAACACAGUUAAUUCCUCAUAAAAUAAUGUUAUUGUAACUAACAUUAUUUUAAAGGAAUUUGAACGUGUUACACAAACUUUGCAGCAGCCUGUGGUUUGUUGGGAAAGUGCUUAAGAUUUACAUUUUAAGAAAUUAAAGUUUAAAUUGGAAUCAACUGAUGAAAGUGAUUUAUCGCCCAGCCCUAAUUUGAAGUGUUAAAAUUGUGUGCACUCACAGUCGGUACCUGGUGCCUUCUGUUGUUUUCAUGAGUUUUACAGCGUAAUCUGUAACAUGUCUAACUACUGUAGUAACAUGAAAACAUUAGAGAGGCUCAUUUGGCCAACUCAAGCACCUGUUUUUGACAGCAGUUUUUAGGAACAAGAAGAAAUAGAGAGUGUCUAUGCAAAUGUUAAUGUGUGGUAUCACCUGUGGUGUGAAGGGUGGUCCGUGAAACACACCCAGGCAACGUGUGCAAAGUAUUCUUUAAGGAUGCAGACGACACAUUGACUUUUAUUUAAUAUGUAUAAUUAAUUUAAUUCUGUGUCGGUCUGAAGAUAUUUGUUGACCUCAAAACCUUUCAAUUACCUAGGUUCAAUUGGAAAAAGUUGGCCCAAAGGUUUGGGCAGCAAAUGUGCUUUUGGACAAAAUCUAGUUGAAUAUUGAGGAGCUGAGGUCAUGAAUUUUUUUUGACACUUUGACACAUUUUGUCCUGUUGUUUCCUUGCAAAAUGUCACCUGCUGGUGAUGGAAAGUGGUAAAAAAUCUAAAUAGGAAGCAGUCAUUUUAAUAUUUAAACACUUCUCAACGAGCUGUUUCGCACACUGAGUCAUGUAAUACCUGUUUACUUUGUAGUUGUACUUUUGUUUUUCUCUGCUACAUUUAUCAGUUACCUCCCUGCCAAUGCUGGGUGUCAUUAGGUGAGCGCAUGGCACGCCUAAUAAACGAUUUACACCAACAAAGGAAGAAA